AUGUUCAUAGUUCCCGACGUACAGGAUGUUUACACUCCGCUUCAAACCGAUGUUAUUGUUCAACUAUCCGAGUGUCAUCAGCAUCCAGAUCUACUGCUGGAAAGCAUCCCAACUAUGUUUGAGAAUAACAAAACAGUCAUCACGAUAUUUUUGUCAACUUUAAGUAACAUGCCUUUUGCUUCUUUUAUCACUCAGGCUGCAUUUUUGGCAAUGAAGAGCACCGGAGGCAAACUUUUGGUAUUUCAAUCAGCCAAGCCCAUGCAUAAUAUUGGUAUCGGGGCUUUUUCUGCUAGAGAAGCUGAAGGGAGAACAUAUAUAUGUGCCGGAGAGAAGGAACUUCAUAAACUACUUCAACCAGUAGACGAGACUUUAAAGACUAUGGCUAUCGAAUUUGCUAAGUACCAGGUCUCAGUCGAUGUAUUUCUUACUACUCAAAGUUAUGUUAACAUUGCUAAAUUUAUUAUUGAAAACUAA